GUAAGAAACUGGUGUUGCUGACUCUCCUAUGUCCUUAUUUUAUAUUUUAACUUCACACAUUUAUUUUCUUUUUAUUUUAAUAAAGUCAAUAUAGUUGCAUGUAUAUUUCAGAGCUUACUAGCUUAUCUUUGAUACAAAUUAUAUUUUAGCUGAUUUUUCUAUACUGCCUGUAUGACUGAAUCUUCAGAUUUUUUCCUACAAUUGGUUGAUUUUAGACACCCAAGAAAACAUAAAGAAGAAAGAGAAUUAUCUGCUUGUCAGCCUACGAUAGUAUCUGAGCAUGAGACAAUGAAGCUAAAGAGGAAUAUAAUGAAAGUGGCAUCCUUAAUGUCAAAGAAUGAGAAUUUGAAAACGAUACUUCCCACAAGUUCCGUUUGCAAGGCAGUUCAGCAAGUCUCUGGCACAUCACCUUCUUCAGCUGCAUAUGAUAGUAGUAGAAGGACUGAAAUGCAAAUGUCUGUGUUUGAACGGAGUUGUCAUAAAAAUAUUUGUGAGCAACCAAAAGCUGAAAGAUCUCCUAAACAGCCCAUGAAAGCAAAACUUCAUUCAUAUGAUAAAACAGAACCAAUUGAUGAUGUUAUAAUGCAUAUUUUGAGGCUUCGAGGCAAACUUGGCUGGCAAACGGUGUUACCGUCGUGUGAAUGUUUAGCUAGAGAGGCUGAUAUGGCCAGACUUCAGAAAUCCGCACUUACGAGACCUUUAUUGCUAAAAGAUAGUGGGGAAUAUAUAUAUUGUCUUCAAAGAAACAAGAACAAUCUUAAAGUUCCCUACAACCCAUAUGAUUUACAGGCUGUCUCUACAAAUACAGCUAUGCACAACAAAGAAUAUUGGACUAUUACAGCUUCAUUUGUGUCUAAGUUUCCUGCAAACCAGAAAUUAGGAGAAAUGGAAGCAACACCAGUACCACAAUGGCUGCAUGAAAGACAUCUGUAUUACAGGUUACUUAACUUGAAUUUGUUUUCCAAUUUCAGAAUGAAGAAAUUCUUUCUGCUCUGGAAAAUCAACGCGAGAAGAAGUAAGACAAACAAGAGCAAGUCAGUUUGAAUGUAGGUUUUACAUGUGAAAAGAAUUAAAGAAUCUUCUGAUGUACACUUGUGGAGAAUAGUCAGACUUCUUAGUGUCGCUGAUAAACACCAGCCUUGGACGAAGGGGGGAGUUGAGCAGCUUGAUUUCACUUCUCUUGUACAAACUUUGUGGAUGGAGGUCCGCAAGCCUGAUGUGAAAGGUUGCCAAAGAAGGGAGUCAUUUAGUGUUAGCAUUAGUUAGAUGAAGUGAGAGAAAAGUUAGGAAAAAGAAGAGUGAGGGGAGAAAGAAGAAAUUGGAAAGCUAGAAGAGGCAGUCGAUGGGCUGUGGUCUUUCUUCUCCACCAAUACAGGGAUGCCUUCGUGAUAAGCUCUGCACCUUCACUUUUGGGUGAGGAAUACCUAGGAUAGCCUUUUGCUAGCACUAUUAUCAUUUAUUAGCGCUACUGCAGUAAGUGUAUUUAUCAAUGGCAACUCCAAAUCUGUUACAUCUGUUGCCUUAUCAUAUACUUUCAACUUUGUGAAACUGUCUCAGUGAAAGGCCUUAGCAGGGCUCUGAAACAGGCAAAUGUUUGACCACCCUUUAACAUGACAACACUUCAUCAACUUAUCCUAUUUUCCUUAAAUAUUUUAUGAAGCAACAAAGAAUAUUAUAAAAUGCUAGAUUACCUGUUGGUAACAGCAUCACAGACUUACUCUAAUAAUUUUUUAAUGAAACUUUUAUCUUGCUGUGAAGGAACCUAGAAUUUUAAUAUGGAAAAACCUGAGCUUUAAUGUGAUAUUUCUACAAGCACAGUAGGGUUCUCAUCCAUGAUAGGGAUUAUAGGGAUUUUCAACUACAGAUGGGAUGAAAAUAACAAUUUUUGUUUUUAUUUUUGUUUUUCUGUUGUGAAAUGAGAGUGGUUACACUGAAUCCAGGCUGAAUAUGGAGUGAAUAAUGGAAUUCAGUCUGUAUAUUAAAGUGAGUGAACAAAAUCCUGUCACAUUUCACCUUUUCUCAUUAAAGCGUUCCUUACUGAAAACACUUCUUUACUGUGAGGGUGACAAAGCACUGGAACAGGUUGCCCAGAAAGUCUGUGGAGUCUCCUUCUUUGGAGAUAUUAAAAACCUGCCUGGAUGCGAUCCUGUGCAACGUGCUCUAGGUGACCCUGCAUAAAUGAUCUCCAGAGGUCCCUUCCAAAAUAAACCAUUCUGUGAUUUUCUAAUUCUGCGAUACUGUGACACUGAUGUGUAAAUAAUAUUUGUAUUGUAUAGGGUUGAUGAUGAAAAAGACAUUAUUAACUUUUCACAAGAAAUUUGUUUUCCCCUUUUUAUGAAAAUGUAUCCUAUAGUCAGGAUUAUUCUUACAGAUCUUUAAUUAGCCCUUGUGUUAGAAGGAGAGUUCUAAGUGAUUAGCAUUGUGCUAAGAGCAUAUGGAUUAGGUCUUUCUCUUGUACCCAGGGGCAAGGACCUGUGAAAAGCUUAUGUCCAUUCUCUUCCAUUUGAACAGCCAAACAGAAAAGGCAUAGAUUGUCAAGUAGUUCUGUGUCAAAUUUUAAAGUUACUGAAACAUGAAAGGUAUUAAGAGUAAAUAGGGGGGUUAAAAGCAUAAAACCUGAAAGCUGUCGUUUAUGAAAUUAAUCAUUAAAACAAUAUAUGAUGAGUCAACUUCUGAAAAAAAAAUCAUUUUCUCUAUGCUUUGCAUUAGUCAGAGAUAAGUUUGUUAAUUUAUACAUUAAUGCUGACAUGUAACACUUUCCCUAAAAGAAGGAUUUUUGUGGGUAGCAAGUUCAUCAACAUUCAGUUCGUGCACUUUAAAUGAUCUAACAAUGGAAUAUUCUUAGUAUGUUUUUUUUUUUUCAAAAUCAGAUUUGUACAAUUCAAAUGAGAUGUCUUUUGAAACGUUUUUAUAUCCUGAAAUCAUACAACCUUAAGCAGUAACCUGUUUAUUACUUAGAAAGUGGUCAACGCUCUCGAAACUUAAGCAUAUGAGUAAAUUUGUGGUUGAGCUAGUCCCAUAAACAAAGAUGGUGAAAAAGUGUAGUCCCUACGGAGUCCAUAUAUUUGAUGUGUUGAAUUUUGGAUUUUGUUUUAUUCCUCUGUACAUUGCUGCUCACAUAAAGGUAUUGGUCCUUCAUAUAGGUAGCCUAGAGCAGG